AUGCUUUUUACUGUCGUGUUCUCCAGAGAUAAAACUCGCUCUCCCACCUUCAGGAACCUUCCUCCUUCCUUCCGCCUCCUGCACGCUUUUGUCACUCCCGUGUGGUUGGCCGGUUUCUCUCCAUCUCUCACUGGCUCGCUACGACGUUGUAACUCUCGCGAUAUCUGCUGCCGCCAGUGGGCGGGAGCCGCUGCCGGUUCCUGGCGGGCCUUUCUAGCUGCAAUCGGCGCUAGUGUUCCUGUGUUGUUCAGAACUGCCGGGCAGAGCAUCAUGACGUCCGCCUUGGAAAACUACAUCAACCGAACUGUUGCAGUUAUAACUUCUGAUGGAAGAAUGAUUGUGGGAACACUGAAAGGGUUUGACCAGACCAUUAAUUUGAUUUUGGAUGAAAGCCAUGAACGAGUGUUCAGCUCUUCACAGGGAGUAGAACAAGUGGUGCUGGGGUUAUACAUUGUAAGAGGUGACAAUGUUGCAGUCAUUGGAGAAAUUGAUGAAGAGACAGAUUCUGCACUUGACCUGGGGAAUAUUCGAGCAGAACCUCUAAACUCUGUAGCACACUGAGGAAGAAUUAUAUACAUUGGAUAACUGUAAAUCUUUGUAUAGAAGCUGAUUAUUCUGAGGAUGAUGUAUGGAAUUUUUAUGAAUGUGUAAUUGUGGACUUUUGACACCAUAUUGGUUAACUGUAAUAUGAUAUGUAAAUUAAAAUAUUUCUACAUUUCCUUGAAAAACAUUUUUUUUUUCCUAAAUCAUGUAUAGUAGCUUGGUUUUAUUUUUCUCUUAAAUAGUACUAAAAUCUAAUGUUCACUUUGAGAACAGAUACUUCAUAUUUUAAUACAGAAAACUAGUUAAAAAGAGAAAUUUGUAUCCUAUGUAAAUCAAGCAUACAAAUACCAUCAGUAGUGCAGGAUACAUGUGUUUCCCUAUUUUUAAGAAAGUCACAGAAAGGUAAGUCUUCUAAUCUGAAUCAUCCCCAUUUACCACACUACUCUGGUGGUUGGUUGCUCUCUAGCACCAUAGAAGUGUAGGUAAAAAUGUGUUUGGUUCAGAAAAGGAAAAAUGCUAACAAAGUUGCAUAUUAUCUGAAAGAAAUGGAUUCCAUAGUCUUGAAAGCCAUCUUGGCUUUUAAUCUUAAAAAUUGGGGAAUUUCUAGCAUUAAAGGAGUUUUUUGUUGUUUAUAAAUGUGAGUAAAUAAACUUGACAUUUAUAUUGA